GAGGCUGAAGGCUUAACCGUCUUCGUCAUCAAUAGGCGACGGAAGUGACGUUGUAGGGCUCAGGGUCUGUCACCGGCUGUGAGAGAUGGAGAAAACGCAGAGCCAGCGCUCUGGUAAAAGAGAGGAGGAUGAGGAAGAAGACUUCCAUGACUGCACGGAGGACCCGGAGAGGCUGAACGGAGAGUCAGAGGAAGAGUUCACAGUGCUGGAGGCGGAGGAGAGCGCUGCAGAGAAGCCCGCUGUCUUGGACAAGGGAGGUCCUGAGCCUGACAAGAGCAAACCUGAGCCUGUCACCAGGGAGAAGGGAGAUCCCGAGCCUGUCAUGGCAGAGAAGAGACAUGCUGAGUCUGUCACUGAAGAGACAGGAAGUCCUGAGCCUGUUAUAGCAGAGAAGGGAGAUCCCGAACCUUUUACAGAGGAGGAGGAGAAUGAGGAGGAUUUCGAUCCUGUAUUGGAGACUGAGAUAGGAGAUGCAGAGAUGGAGGAGGAGGUCCUGCAGGAGAUGGAGAAGGACAUGAGUGAGGAUGAGAGAGAGGACAGAAGAAAGGAGAGCACUCGUUUAAAAGAAGAGGGGAAUGAGCUGUUUAAGAAAGCAGAUUAUGUCGAAGCUGAAAACAUCUAUUCUGAAGCUCUACAGAAAUGUCCAGCCUUUUACAAGAAAGACCGAUCUAUUCUAUUUUCCAACCGAGCAGCGGCUAGACUGAAACAGGACAAAAAAGAGCUUGCACUAACAGACUGCACUAAAGCAAUUGAGCUGAAUCCUGAUUAUGUUCGCGCCUUACUGAGGAGAGCAGAACUAUAUGAGAGGACUGAAAAACUUGACGAGGCCUUGGCUGAUUACCAGUCUGUUAUCAAUCUGGAUGCAUCAUGUCACCAAGCCAGAGAAGCAUGCAUGCGCUUGCCUAGACAGAUUGAAGAGAGGAAUGAGAAAAUGAAAGAAGAAAUGCUCAGUAAACUGAAGAGUUUGGGAGAUCUGGUUCUGAAACCUUUUGGGUUGUCAACAAACAACUUCCAGGUCAAUCAGGAUUCAGAAACUGGAUCUUAUUCCGUCAACUUUGUUCAGAAUCACAACAACAGAUGACAUGCAAACAAACCUUCAAAAUGCCAUUGUUACUUCUAAAGAAAGACUUCAAUCUUCAUUGAUCAGCUGCUCCAGGGAACAGUAACAAAUAUAUAAAUGCAUUAGUUUGUGGUGAACUCUGUUAUAAGCAGGCAUCAUACAUUUACCAACCUGUCUAAAGCGGAAGCUGCAAUUUAAAAGAUAUUUAAUAUAUUUUUAGUUUUUUUUUUUUUUUUUUUUUUUUUUUU